CCGCGGCUUCCGGCGCGUUUCCCGCGCGACAGAGUCAUGGACCGCAAUCCCUCGCCGCCGCCGCCGAGUGAGGACAACGGGGAGGAUGCGGUGGCUGGGGGAGACUGCGUAGGGAGCACGGUCUACAGUAAGCACUGGCUCUUCGGCGUCCUCAGCGGGCUUAUCCAGAUCGUUAGCCCAGAAAACGCCAAGUCUGGCUCAGAGGAUGAGGAGCCGCAGGUGGAGCUUGAUGAAGAAGUGGAGAAUGAAAUCUGCAGAGUUUGGGAUAUGUCGAUGGAUGAGGAUGUGGCUUUAUUUCUCCAAGAAUUUAAAGCUCCUGACAUAUUCAUGGGAGUACUGGCUAAAUCCAAGUGCCCUCGGUUAAGAGAAAUCUGUGUUGGAAUUUUGGGCAAUAUGGCCUGUUUCCAGGAGAUAUGUGUGUCCAUCAGCAAUGAUAAAAAUCUUGGGGAGGUGUUACUACACUGUUUGUAUGAUUCAGACCCUCCUACUCUGCUGGAAACAAGCAGGUUGUUGCUUACUUGCCUUUCCCAGACAGAAGUGGCCAGUGUCUGGGUUGAAAGGAUCCGGGAACAUCCAGCUAUUUAUGAUAGCAUUUGCUUCAUCAUGUCAAGUUCAACAAAUGUUGACUUGCUGGUGAAGGUGGGAGAGGUUGUGGACAAGCUCUUUGAUUUAGAUGAGAAACUAAUGUUGGAAUGGAUUAGAAAUGCACCUGCUCAGCCUCUGGACCAAGCCCAGGAGAAUUCUGAAGAGCAGCCAGCAUUUAGGAUUGUGUCCUGUGUACUUGAAGCUGCCAAACAGAUACGUUCUGAAAAUCCAGAAUGGCUUGAUGUUUACAUGCAUAUUUUACAACUGCUUACCACGGUGGAUGACGGAAUUCAAGCAAUUGUACAGUGUCCUGAUACUAGAAAAGACACUUGGAAUUUGCUUUUUGACCUGGUCUGCCAUGAAUUCUGCCAGUCCGAUGAUCCACCCAUCAUACUACAAGAGCAGAAAACAGUGCUAGCCUCUGCUUUUUCAGUGUUGUCUUCCAUCUAUGCUUCACAGGCUGAACAGGAGGAUGUCAGGAUAGGAAAAGAGCUUCCUCUAAUUGAAAGCCUGAUUCGGGUCUUGCAAAAUAUGGAACAUUGUCAGAAGAAACCAGAGAACUCAACAGCGUCUAACACAGAAGAGACUAAAAAGAUUGAUUUAACCCAAGAUGAUUUCCAUUUGAAAAUCUUAAAGGAUAUUUCAUGUGAAUUUCUUUCUAGUAUUUUUCAGACAUUAACAAAGGAGACUGUGGCUCAGGGACUAAAGGAGGGCCAGUUAAGCAAACAGAAAUGUUCCUGUGUAUUUCAAAACCUUCUUCCUUUGUAUGGCCCUGUGGUGGAAGACUUUAUCAAAAUCCUUCAUGAAGUUGAUAAUGUCCUUGCUGAUUACCUGGAGGAAAACUUCCCAAGUUUGAAGGUUCAGACUUAAAAACUGAAUUGGAUUUUUUCUAAGAAAUAAACUUUAUUUUCCUCACAGUGGAAAUUGACAUAAAGAAAUAUUAGAUAAAACCCAUCUUAGUGCACAAUUUCUUGGUAUUGCACUUAGGCAAUACCACCUGUGUCAUCUCACUUUUGUUUGGUAUUGAGAGUUUUACCACUGUGACUUUCCUUCCGGUUUUUAUAUUAGUUAUGUGUUAUUUAUCACCUUUAGUUGAAGAAAGUAAAAAUGCAAGCUAAUUAUUGAGGUUCUUUUUAGAAAAUGGGAGAGUUUGGUAAGGAUUUUCUUCAUAACUCUUAAUUUGAUUUCUUUGUGAGAAUUUUAUAUUUGUUUCCACAAAUGCAUUCAACUAUAGUAACAGAAAGUCCUGCUUUAGUAGCUUAAUUGUAUAUCUUUUGGUAAUAAGAAGUCCAGAAGUAGGUGGUUGAGACCCACAUAGUGGCUCAGGAACCUUGACAGUUUUCAUCUUUCCUCAUGGUCUGUGACAUAGACCUUUGUGUUGAUUGUCUCAUGGUCAAGGGGCUGCAUCAUCUCUAAGCCUCCCUCCACAUUUGGGAAAGGACAAAGAAGCCAAGGAGAUUUCUCCUGCAGAUCUUUACCUUUUUUCUUUUCUUUUUAAAUUUAUUAUUUGUAAGGCAGACUUACAGAGAGAGAGAAGGAAAGACAGUGAUCUUCCAUAUGCUGGUUCACUCCUCAAAUGGCUGCAAUGGUCGGGGUUUGGUCAGGCCACAGCCAGAAGCCAGUAAGUACAUAUGGGUCUCCCAUGUGGCUGCAGGGACCCAAGGACUUGGGCCACCACUGCUUUCCCAAGCACAUUAGCAGGGAGCUGGAUGGGAAGUGGAGCAGCCAGGACUCUAAUUGGCACCCAUAUGGAUUGCCAUCAUCAGAAGCAGUGGCUUAACCUAAUAAGCCACAAUGCUGGCCCCUAAAUUAAAUUUUUAAAAAACUAAUUAGUUUCAAAGAUUUAGAAUAUUAGGCUAUUCCUUAUACCUUGAUUAUUAGACCCUGGGGACUACCCUUUCUUAACAAUUAUUUUUCCUAGGAGACCAUGCUUAUAAGACUUCUUUAAAAAAAAAAAAAAAGAUUUAUUUAUUUAUUUGAAAGAGUUACACAGAGAGAGGUCUUCCACCUGCUGGUUCACACCCCAGUUGGCUGCAACGGCCAGAGCUGUGCUGAUCUGAAGCCAGGAGCCAGGAGCUUCUUCUGGGUCUUCCUCGUAGGUUCAGGGGCCCAAACACUUGGACCAUUUUACACUGCUUUCCCAGGCCAUAGCAGAGAGCUGGAUCAGAAGUGGAGCAGUCGGGACUGAAACUGGCACGGCAGGUGGUGGCUUUAUAAACUAUGCCACAGUGCCGGCCCCUCAUGAGACUUACAUAAUUUGAUCAUGCAGUAAGCUUUCUUGUUUUACUCUAAUUUUUAUGCCUUAGGACCCGGCCAUGUAACGUUCUAGGACUGAGCCACACCAUUCCUGGAGGGUAGGAAAUAUUCAUAUUACCCAUGCUGCUGACCAUCAUGGUUUGGCUACUUAGGGCUCCUAAUGCAUUUGACUAAAGGUGAAUAGAAUGUGAUAAAAAAUUUGCCUACUGGGCCCAACAUUGUGGCAUAGCCAGUUUAGCCAGUGCCUUUGGCAGUGGCAUCCCAUAUGCACACUGGUUUGAGUCCAGACUGCUUCAUUCUGAUCCAGCUCCCUGCUAAUGCACUUGGGAAAGCAGCAGAAGAUGGCCCAAGUGCUUAUGCCCUUGCAUGCAUGUGGGAAACCCAGAUGGAGUUCCAGGCUCCUGGCUUUGGCCAGGCCCAGCCCUGGCUAUUGCUGCCAUUUGGGAGGUAAAACAGCAGAUGGAUGAUUCCUCCCCCCCCCCCCCUUCUUUCUCUAAUUCUGCCUUCCAAAUAAAUAUAUGGAUCUUUAAAAAAAAUAUUUUUGCCUACUGGUGUGGAAGAAAAGAGGUUUACAUCUGUGGCAAAAAUGGCCACCAUUUAUUGAAGAUUUGGUGGAAUGAGAAGGCCAUGCCAAGAUGGCUGCUGUUAACGGAGCCUGCCUGGCAACAGGCUGUGAUUGGAUGGCUUUGGAAACUGCCUGGCAACAGGAUGUGAUUGGUUAGGGCAUAAACUGCCCCUUGACCGGAUUGGCUGCCUCGGCUAUAUAAGCUGCUGUACCAACUGAAAUAAACGAGUCUGCAGGUUGCUUGCCCCUGGCCUGCUUUCACCCGGCUCCUGGUGUCUGUGUGGUGACUCCGCGCCUCUUGCCCCGACCACACUUCUCUCAGAACAAAUCCACAGCAGCAAUGUACUAUGUGCCAGGCAUUCUAAUCUGUAUAUAUAUUAUCUUAUUUUAUUCUACAAUAAUUCUGUAAAGUAACUGUUACCAUUUUAUAGAUGGGGAUGUGAGUAUUCAGAAUGGUUAAAUAAGUUGCCUACCUGGCCCUAAAUCAGGUCUUUUUCACCAUGCUAAUAUGGUUGCAUCCUAUAGGUGGUCAUGGGCCAGAUCAUGAUGGGUCUUAUAUAACAUAAGGAAUAUACAGCCAGGAUAUCUGCUUAUCUCUGAGAACUGUUUCUUCUUUUCUUUUCUUUUCUUUUCUUUUCUUUUUUUUUUUUUUUGACAGGUAGAGUGGAUAGUGAGAGAGAGAGACAGAGAGAAAGGUCUUCCUUUUUGCCAUUGGUUCACCCUCCGAUGGCUGCUUUGGCCGGCGCAUCGCGCUGAUCCGAAGCCAGGAGCCAGGUGCUUCUCCUGGUCUCCCAUGCGGGUGCAGGGCCCAAGGACUUGGGCCAUCCUCCACUGCACUCCCGGGCCAUAGCAGAGAGCUGGCCUGGAAGAGGGGCAACCGGGACAGAAUCCGGCGCCCUGACCGGGACUAGAACCCGGUGUGCCGGCGCCGCAAAGCAGAGGAUUAGCCUAUUGAGCCGCGGCGCCGGCAAGACUAAAUAUAUUCUUGCCCUGGGUAUAGUGAGGUUGAACAAGGGAUUGAGUCUUACUCCAGCUGAACAAAUCAGGUUGGCCUAGGAGCUUUGGAUUCUAAAGAUCAUUUGAUUUGCAUGACUGAAGGCACUGUUUGGGACAGUCAGUCAUUUAUUGUCCACUAUGUAGGCAUUGCAUUGAGCACUAGGAAGAUAGCAGUGACCAAAACUAGCAGAAACUGUGUAAUGAAUCUACUACAGUGAAUAAAGCAAACAAAUAUUCUUCCCUAAUGGGACUUGGCAUUCUUGAGGUUCUUUGUUAGAACAGAGGAAGAGUGUAUGCAUAGAGGGAUAGAAGAGAUCAUGCAUCCUGUAGCAGAUGGGAUCAUUAGUUUGAGCUUUUCACCUCAAUAUACCCAUUCCCUUGCUAUAGCUUCUUGGUGGGUGAUGUGUACUUCCCAGUUCCUUGACUUUUGAGUUUAGCUAAAUCACUUUGGCUAGUAGAAUGUUGAUUGAGCUGAUAUAAGCAGGAUACGUAAGUGCUUAUUUGACCUUUUUUUUUUUUUUUUAAAUGAAAACAAAAGCAUUUAUUUAUUUGGGAGGCAGAGUUACAGAGAGGGAUGGAGGGAGAGAUACAGGGAGAAAUCUUCCAUCUGUUGAUUCAUUUCCCAAAUGGCUGCAACAGACAGAACUGGGUCAGGCUGAAGCCAGGAGCUAGGAGCUUCUUCCAGGUUCUCCACAUGGAUGCCGGGGCCCCAAUCUUGGGCCUUCCUUUGCUACAUUCCCAAGUGCAUUAGCAGGGAGCUGGGUCAGAAGUGAAGCAGCCAGGACUCAAACUGGUAUACAUAUGGGAUGUUGGUGCCAAAGGAAGUGGCUAAACUGGCUAUUAGUAGGCUAAUGGCUAAACUACAUUAGUAAGGAGCUGCAUUGGAAGUGGAGCAACUGGGACUCAAACUGGUGCCCAUAUGGGAUGCUGGUGCUGCAGGCAGUGGCUUUACCCACUAUACUACAAAGUUGGCCCCCUGUUUGGCCUCUUGUACUCCUGUCAUUCACCCUGAGAAUUACCUUGAUAGUCAUUGAUUCGUGGAGGAAGAGAAAUGUGGAACAGACCUAAACCCAGGCUGCAGCCAGAAACCUGGAGUCUUGCCUUGGCCUGAGUUGCAGUCAGCCUACACAACAGUGAGCAGGAACUAAAUUCUUGUUGUUUUGAGUCAUUGAUUUUUAGGGUGGUUUGUCACACAGCUUUAUUGACAUAAUAGCUUGCCGAAGCAGCUUGAGAGAGUGGCUGCCUUGGUGUUCAUCUGUUUUCCAACUUCAUGUCAGUCUCAUGAGUCUCAGCAGUAAUUCCUGUUUUAGGUGUGUGUGAUAGAUCCCCAUGUCCCCAUUGCAAGUAAAUUUCACUUAUAAUGAAUUCCAUUUACAUUCCCAUUCUUAAUUGAGAUAAAAGAUGGUUCAAGGAAUGAGGUCACAAAUAACAGACCAAGGAAAUGUGAGUCUGUGGGGUUACAGAAUGGUAGGGUAAUGAAUGAUCUGUAAUUCUGGAUGAGUAGCAAGCUAUCCAUGAUAUAAGGUUGUGAAGAGUUAACUGAGUGCCU